CACCAGUAACUGGUUCUGACUAAAAUCAGGCUAACAGCGCAGAACAUCAGUUACUGUGCAAGAUGAGAGGUUUACUGUUACUGCUUAAUGCUCUGUUACUGCUGGAGUUAACAGACGGAAACAAAGAAUAUCAUCAACUAAGCCAAAAUGAUGCGCGCAUUGUUGACAGGGCAAUACAACAAGCCAAUGAGAAAUUUGGAGCCAAACACCUUGAUUUUGCCUUCAUUUUAAAUGCUAAUUAUGAGAAGAGCAUGCUUCAUGUGAUAUUAAAAUCCACCUCAUGUAAUAAGAUGACAAAGAGUACCCAUCAGAAAGACUGUAUAAUCCAAGAUGAUGCAAAACCUCAAGUUUCGUGUGUUAGCUGUCGUGAAGAAAUGUCCUGUUCACUUCUUAAAGAAAAAGAGAAGAUUAAAACAACUGUAUACAACUGUUUAAAUGGGAGAACUCAUCAAACUGGGGGAGCACAUCCAAUGUUAUUAAAAACAGAAAAAGAGCAACAAACUGGAUGUCUGGGAUGUAUCUGAGAAAUAAAAACGAUCGAAAAUCUUUGCAAAUGAUGGCCAUAUGAAAAAAAAAAACUAAUAAUGAAAUGUAACCUAUAAAAAUGACCUCUCAGAACAAGUUUCUUUAUCUAAAAUUGUAUUAUGAAGAUUAAUGUGCAUUUUUCCUCAAUUGUCAGUUUUUUCAAUGUCAUGAUGUAAUUUUGAGUGAAAUAUGGAAAGUACAGUAAGCUAGUCUACAUUGGGACGUCCUGUGUUGAAUAACAUAAAUCAAAUAGAGGACCUUGUAAAAUUGUCCCCAAUUUCCAUUAAUGAAAUGUUACAAAUCUUGAUCUUUAGAUGAUUUAUUUGCACUGAAUUUGAGAUGCCCAGUUUAAUCUUCAAAAGAUCUGUAAACAAAUGUCCUGCAGUGUGACACUGCUAUUUAGUUAUUUUGUCUGUUUUCAUUUGUGUUUUAAAUCAAUACAAAUUAUAUUAAGGGACUUGAAGGUCGAAUGCUAACUGUCAGCUUUGUUAAGUAAUUUUUUUUUAAUUAAAUUAAUCAUAACUAACAUUCAUUUUUCUUUCAGGAUUAACAUAUGCUUUUGAAAACUAAACAUCCCCAACACUUAUGUCAAAGUGUGUCUGAAUAUGUAACAAAAGGGGAAACAAAACUUGACAGCUGUCUAAAUAUACUGUAUAACCUCAUGACUUGAGUAACAAGCUGAAGUAAUCAAAUAAUCCAGAUUUGCUUUUACCUAAACGAAGGGUUUGCUGAAUUAUACAUAUAAAGAACUUAAUCAUAUUGUAGAAAAAAUGGUUUAAUGAAUCAGGUCACUUUUGCCAUGCUCCUAUUCUAUAAAAACUGUUGAACACUUUUUGGUGGGGGGAUUCUUCCUGAAAAUGAUCUGAGAUCUCCUGGCCAUGAUUAAAGCAUAUUCGAAGGCA